CGUCACCAAAGUGGAAUCCAUAGUGAUGAAAGCUUCAACUCAGAUCUCUAAAGCCGCGACAUACCAUCUACUAUCUCCAAAUACCACAGUCAUAUCCCCCUUACAAUUAGCACAAAAUGCCUUGGAAAGAUCAGCUCAAUAAAUUUAAACAAGAACUGAACCAUUUAGUCGCCGAACCGAAAGCGGCAUCACAGCCACCACCUGUACCGCCUCAUCCGCCAUCUGGGCCGCCCUUCCGUGGUGAGGUUUAUUGGAAGCCGCAGUUUUAUCCCAAUGUUCCCGUCAAUCACGAGUGGGAUGCAAAGCUAGGCAAUGGGCCGGAUGGAUGGGGAAACCACGAGCUGCAGUUUUACACUGCCGAGCCGCAGAAUUCCUUCCACACUCCCGAAGGCAUGCUGGUCCUCCGGGCCCUUGCAAACAACUCUGCGCCUUCACCAGAGCAGCGCUAUACAUCAGCGCGCCUUGUCAGCAAGCAGACUUUGGCCCGCGACAAAGGUGUUCUAUCAGCCACUAUUUUAUCUCCUUGCGCUGAAGGCAUUUGGCCCGCCUUCUGGCUUCUGCCUAAAGAGCCUUUCUCUUGGCCGACUGACGGUGAGAUUGACAUUGCCGAAACGUGGAACGGAGAUCAUGAGAAUCGGACUUGUCUUCAUUGGGGACAUCACCAUGAACCACAGAAACAUCGAGUUUUGGGCUCUCGCAUUCCUGACAUGCACUGCCGUCCUGUACGAUAUGAUUUUGCGUGGGAGCAACCAAACGGCGUGCCCGGCCAAGGAAGGAUGAUCUGGUACAUCGAUGGCAGACCGGUAAUGAAGGGUGAGGUUCCAAGCGGUACUCGUCCUCUUCGAGACAUGACCAUUUUGCUAAACGUGGCCAUCGGCGGAAACGUGUGUGGUGGCAAAACACCUCGGGAUGGAUACUAUGAUAUGGUUGUUUACAGUCUCUCCAUGGCGAGUGAGCUAGAAUACGGGGGAUGGGGCAGGUUUGAGCAAGACUGGCAUCAUCCCUCUGUGCCAUUGGGAAACACAUACUAGAGGCUUUCAACAUCGAGGCCUUUUUGAGAAUUUCUUUCGCUUAGCAGGGCUUUUCUAACCAUCGCAUAUAAUCACAUGAAUGAGGGUCAAGUAGAUGCUGAUUUAACUUCAAUUGUCAAGUGCUAUAUACAGGGCUAUAUACAGUAUUCUAUGACUGUAUACAUUUGUUUCAAGUGAGAGAUACAUCAGAAUUGAGACAGUUUCAUCUGUCAUACACCG